GCCCUUUGAGACCAGAUCCCCUGAAAGUGGAGUUGCAGGUGCUAAAGUCACCAUGAAGUAACAGGGAGGUGUGGCUGAGACUGGGCAUGGAAGGGGAAAACAGAACUGAAAAGCAGUGGGGAGAAGCUCCAUUCUGGUCUGUUCUGGCUCUCCCAAAGGUGGGAGAAUAAUCCCACUUGGCUGAAGGAGGUCUGAAGCCAGAAAAAAUGCUAGCCAUCUGAGUUCCAGGUCAUGUACUCCUACGUCUGCCUGCCGCCCGGGGAGGGCGUCUGGCCUCGGCUGCAGACCCUCACCUACGCCUACCUGCCUGCCCCUCUGCUGCUGCCACCCAUCCAGACCCACAACUACUGCAGCCGGCCGGUGGGCCUGAGCACGGUCCCACGCGAACUGCACUGCUUCCACGGUGCGGGCGCGGCCCUGGCCUCCUCCACGCCGCCCUGGUGGGCCUUCCCGCUGCCGGGCGCCGCAGCCCUCGGCUCGUCGCUCCCCGCCUCCGGCGUGUCCGCGCCAUCCCAACCGGGGCGCGCCGCCGCGUGGCCCGAGGACGGCAGCCUGCACCUGCAGCUGCGCUGGGGCCGCGUGGAGCGCGUGCGAGGUCCACCCCUGCCGCUGCCGGACGCCGUGCGCCGCGACUUGCGGCGCGUCUACGGCACCUACCCACGCACCGACGUGCGCGUCACCCAGCGCGGCGGCCGGUUCUUGGUGCGCGCCGCGCCGCGCGUGGGCGAGCCCGAAUACAAGGUGGCCCGGCGCGUGGUGCGCAGGCCCGCCAGCGGCGACGAUGGGGACACCGGGGACCAGCCGGCCGCUCCGGAGGCAGUGCAGCGUGGCCGCCCCAAGAAAAAGCAAGGACCAAGAUGAACAUCUCAGCGCGCCUGCGCGUCUGUUGGUCCCCGCUCGCCGUCCUGCAUUGGAUUUGCUGGACCCUGUGGGGCGAUACAGGUGUUCGGUCCAGACGGUCUUGCAGUGAAAGCAGCGCCUGGGCUGCUGCUUCUCUCCCUCCUAAGCCCUCUGUGUGGGUCCCACUUGCCUUUCUCUCUCCCCGCACCACAACACCCCUCUUCACAAAG